AGGGAGGGAGGAAGCGAGAGAAUAUAUAUCAGAGGCCCCUCUUUCCAUGAGUAUUCUGAACUCUUAACAGCUCAAUCCAAGAAUGACUCCAACUCUCGCUCUCAACUAUUAUCUCUACACCUCCACAGCACCACCCAACCUCUCUCGAAAACGCGCCGCCGAGCCCAGAGCAAACCAGGGCGCCUACCCGCCAAGAUUUCCCAAAUGGGUUCGUAAAGCCGCAAAACCACCAAUGAAGUCAACCACACUGAUUGAACAGCACAGCUCUUCGCUCAAACAGGCUCUUCAUGACCAUGUUCAAUCUGGGUCCAUGGAAGACGCGCUCUGGGUGUUUGAGAAAAUGAACCAGUCAGAUGCGUACAACUGGAACAUCGUUAUCAGAGGUUUUACGGAUAAUGGGUUGUUCCGAGAGGCGAUUGAGUUUUAUCAGAGAAUGGAAUUUGAAGGUGUUGGAGCGGAUAACUAUACUUUCCCAUUUGUAAUCAAGGCCUGUGGUGGGUCCUUAUCGUUGGCCGAAGUCCGAAGGGUUCACGGGAAGUUGUUCAAGGUUGGGUUGGUUUCGGACGUAUACAUAUGUAACUCUCUGUGUGCUGUGUAUGCGAAACUUGGUUGCAUAGAAGAUGCAGAGAAGGUGUUUGAAGAAAUGCCUGUUAAAGACUUGGUUUCUUGGAAUUCGAUGAUUGGUGGGUAUGUUGCAGUUGGGGAUGGAUGGAGUGCAGUGGUUAGUUUUCAAGAGAUGCUGGUGGUUGGGAUAAUGCCGGAUAGAUUCAGCAUGAUCGGCGUUCUUAAUGCUUGUGCUAUCGAGGGUUUGCUCCAAACUGGGAAGGAAAUCCAUUGCCAGGUGAUGAAAUGUGUGGUUGAAUCAGAUGUCAUGGUUCAAACCUCGCUUAUUGACAUGUACCACAAAUGCGGUAGACUAGACUAUGCGGAGAGGUUGUUUGAUAAGAUUUCUCAAAAGAAUGUUGUGGUUUGGAAUGCGAUGAUACACGGAUAUGCGCUAAAUGCUAGUCCCGUGGAGUCUUUUUCUUGCUUGAAAACGAUGCAAGAGACUGAUAAGUUGAGGCCUGAUGCUAUUACGAUGAUAAAUUUACUCCCUUCUUGCACACAAGUAGGAGCCCUCAUGGAGGGAAAAUCUAUCCAUGGCUACGCAAUUAGACAUGGGUUUCUCCCUCAUAUUGUCUUGGAAACGGCUCUGAUUGAGUUGUAUGGUGCGUGCAGCAGGGUAAAAUUUGCAGAACGUAUAUUUGGCCAACUGGCUCAAAAGAAUUUGAUAUCAUGGAACACCAUGAUUUCUGCGUAUGUACACAAUGGACGGAAUUGGGAAGCCUUGGAACUAUUUCAGGAUCUUGUGAGUAAACCUCUUGACCCAGACCCAAUUACGAUUUCAAGCAUCCUACCUGCCUAUUCUGAAGUAGCAUCAUUAGGGCAGCGGAAGCAAAUUCAUGGUUAUAUCUCGAAAUUGGAGCAUCAUUCGAAUACCUUCAUCUUGAAUUCAACUGUUUACAUGUAUGCAAAAUGUGGGCAUCUAGGUACUUCCCAAGAAAUCUUUGAUAGGAUGAUAUACAGGGAUGUCAGCUCAUGGAACACUAUUAUUAUGGCUUAUGCCAUUCAUGGGUUUGGGAGAAGAUCAACUCGGUUGUUCUCCGAAAUGGUAGAAAAGGGCAUUCAACCAAAUGAGAGCACUUUUGUUUCCCUGUUAACAGCUUGUAGCAUUUCUGGCAUGGUCGAUGAGGGUUGGAAAUACUAUGCAUCUAUGAAAUUAGAGUACGGUAUUGAUCCUGGAAUAGAGCACUACGGUUGUAUGAUUGAUCUUCUUGGGCGUACAGGUAAUCUUGACCAAGCCAAGACUUUUAUUGACGAAAUGCCGUUGCUGCCCACAGCCAGAAUCUGGGGUUCUUUACUGACAGCCAGUAGAAACAAUAGAAACAUAGAGUUAGCAGAGGUUGCUGCUGAGAACAUUUUGUCCUUGGAACAUGAUAAUACUGGGUGUUACGUCUUGCUUUCCAAUAUGUAUGCUGAAGCUGGAAGGUGGGAAGAUGUAAAACGGAUCAAAUUUCGUAUGAAGCAAAAAGGACUGGAAAAAACUAUUGGAUGCAGCUAUCUUGAGACCAAAUGUAAGCCUUACAGGUUCAUCAACCACGACAAGUCGCACGUUGAAAGUGACACGAUUUAUGAGGUUUUAGACGUAAUCUUGAGGAAGAUUGGGGAAGACAAGUAUGUUCACAGUAUCACCAAGUUCAGACCCUUGGAUUUGAUGAGAAAGAAACAAAAUUCUGCAGAGCAUCACAGUGUAAGAUUGGCAAUUUCUUAUGGGCUGAUCUCCACGAAACUCAGAGACCCGGUUCUUGUUAGAAGGAACACAAGAAUAUGCGAAGAUUGCCAUAAUGCUGCUAAGAAGGUUUCAGAGAUGACCAAGAGAGAGAUAAUAGUAGGGGAUUCCAAGGUCUUUCACCACUUCAGAGAUGGGAAUUGCUCAUGUGGUGAUUAUUGGUGACUAACUGUUUUACACUUCUACAGAAACUUGGUGUACAUACAAAAAGUAUGUUGCAAAAUUAGCUGCAAACUUCCACGGGUAUGUAAUUUUAUAGAAAGAGACUCAAAUACACAGCAACGCUAAAAUUUUGUAGACAACAGACUUCCAUGAGCUUCAUCGCAUACAGCAUACAUGCAUUGAUAGGCACACGCGAGUCCUUAAUUGAUGGACAUCGCGUAUGCCUGAUCCGUAUGUGGAUAAACAUCUGGUGUGCUCAUUUUUUCACAAGAUUCCGAUAAGGAUCGACACAUCAGAUAUUGUCCACGUGCCGAAAAUCUUCUAGUCAUGAAACUGAUGAGGUAGCUACAAAAGUGUCAUGGUCAUGAUUACUCAUCCAUGAGUUGGCGUUGCAAAGUUGGAAUUCACUUAUUCGAAACAUGCGAAUAGCAACAAGUCUCGGAGUCUCGAUUGAUGUUGAAAUUUUGCUAAGCUCAACAUUUUCCGGGUCCAUUGCUUUGCUAGUGAUCUAGUACAGCACAUGCGUGCAUAAUUAUUGCUUUGAAAACAAACCCAAGUUUUACCAUAUUCGUGUAAGUCGGAUUCUGCACUCGUUGCUAAUAUUACUAUAUUAGCAUGGAAGAAUAACACAUGAAAGAUUUGAACUUGGUGUAUAUGGACCUGAUGAUUUAUCGUCUUAUCUCUUUGAGUCAUUGCAUUAGAAUGUCACUCAUAAUAUCGUUGUAGAGGAUAUUUUUGCUUCAUUUGGUCAUUCUCAUAAAGAGAAAG